AUGCGAGUUCUCGGCGAGAUUGCGGAGUCGCCUUUCAUAAUUUCACGGCUAAGCCCUAAUUCGACGGCCACCGGGGGGUUUAUCGGCGGAUGGGUCGGGAAGUGCCAUGGGUUUCUGCACAACACGGUGCUGGUUGUAGCCGCAAUUCUAUUCGUCGCUUACUUAGCGUAUGAGGCGAAGAAGAGCUUGUCGAAGCUGUCGAAUCGGAGAUCUUACAUAAUGAUCGCUUAUUACGGUUGUCUUUGGCUUGUUAGCUUGCUCAAUCUUGCUUGGUGUUGCCUUCAGGCAUGGGAAUGCACUCCUGGGAAAGAAGUGAUUUGGAAUUUGUUGACUUUGUUCACAACAUCUGGAAUGUUGUUUCUGGAAGUUAGCUUGGUAGCUUUUCUUUUCCAAGGAAACUAUGCAAGUGGCGCUGAAGCAUUAACACGGACAUUCCUCAUCUCAGGGCUUGUUAUAGGUCUUGAUUUGCUUCUCAAGGCAGUUUAUCUCUUUGGAUUUGGGGUACAGUUGUUUAUCGACAACAAUGAACAUAUACAAAAGUUCAAAUGGGGCUUAUGGGUCAUCCACAAGGUGUUGCUCGCUGGCAUUUAUGGGAUGAUAUUCUUCAUGUAUAACUCUAAGUGGAGAGAAAGAUUACCAGCAAGACCUGCUUUCUACAAGUACAUAACCGUCAUGCUCGCCUUAAACGGACUCUCCUUAUUCGCAUGUGCUCUUGCAGCAAACGGUGCUCAUUUUGGAUUAUGGUUGUAUGGAAUCACGAGUGUUUGUUACCACGCCUUCUAUCUUCCUCUUCUGUAUGUUACUUUUCUUGCUGACUUUUUCCAGGAGGAAGAUCUGAACUUGGAGAAUGUGUACUAUUCCGAGAUGAAAGAUGCUGGAUUCUUCGACGCCGAUUGGGAAUAA